GUAGCACCACUGGCGGAAGACAGGUGAAAGUAUCGAUACCAGGUUUUAAACCUCGCAAAAUCAUGUAGCUGUUCUGUCGUCACCAUAAAGGAGCUUUGUGAGGGGAAAAACACGGUUUUAAAUUCACCCCGUGAGGCAAUGUAACUACUGUACCGAGUUCAGUCAGCUGUUAAGAUCACCCUAGGAUUUCCAUAUGUCAGCUGGAAACGGGUCAGCCUCCCGCUUUGAUCGGGUCAGAGAUAUGCCUCACUAUGAUCAGGUGCCCAUCGGCUCACUGCCGUGGGGCCAGCAGGUUCCUUACCCUCUUGGUGGUGAAGUGGCGGAAUCAAGCUAUGACAGUUUACCACCACCUCCACUUCCCGAACACGCUCCUGUUGGUCCAGAUUUCUACCCGAGUGAUGUUGAAGACCAGGUGGAUGAUGCUAUGGACAUCAAACCCAUCCGACGCUUUAUUCCUGACUCUGUGAAGAAUUUCUUCAGAGCCAGUGGCAACCAAGGCAGCAAGAAAUGGACCUUUCCUCCACCACCGCCUGAUGUGAACACCACCACCGAAGGCGUCCCGUGCUCCCCUCCACCAUCACCUACAGCCCCCAGCUCUUACCUAGACCCUUUUGGAGGGUCUGGAGGCAGCUACAAUUCAAGGAAGGAGCAGGCGAUGUUAUUAGGAGAGCCACUGGAAUCGGUUUCUGGACGCUCUCUGCAGACGGCUAUGACUUACAGUGAGAAGGUGGAGGACUACAAUCUGCGCUACGCGUACAUGAAGUCCUGGGCCGGACUUUUGCGCAUUUUGGGAUGCGUGGAGUUGCUUUUGGGGGCUGCUGUUUUUGCUUGCGUCUGUGCAUACGUGCACAAGGAUAAUGAGUGGUUUAAUAUGUUUGGCUAUUCAAUGCAUCAGAUGUAUGGGGGAGCGUAUGGAGGAUCAACAAUGGGUGGGAUGUAUGGAGGAACUGGGAUUUCGUACUCAGGACCCUUGACUCCUUUUGUCAUCGUGGUGGCUGGAUUGGCCUGGAUAGUGACUGUCAUUCUAGUAGUGUUAGGAAUGACCAUGUAUUAUCGUACCAUUCUACUCGACUCAAGCUGGUGGCCAAUCACGGAGUGUGUGAUAAACUUGUCAUUAGGAUUGCUCUACUUGAUAGGUGCAAUUGUGUAUGUGCGAGACACCGUCCGUGGAGGUCUCUGCUAUUAUCCACACUUCAACGCUGGGCCCAAUGCAGGGUUUUGCCGAACGGAGGCUGGGCAGAACGCUGCCAUCAUCUUCCUUUUUUUCAACAUGCUGUUGUAUUUUGUGGGAGCAGGCGUGUGUCUAAAGCUGUGGAGACAUGAAGCUGCAAGGAUGCGCAGAGAAAGACUGGGCCAAGAUAUGAAAUCAGCAGCACUACCACUUAAUAUGAUUGAUGCUGGGUCAAGCGUCUCUGUGCCCAUCCGAACUGCUCCAGUAAUGGCCAAUCCAGAUUCAUUUGAUGGCACACCAGUCCCUCCAGUUAUGAUGGAACCAGAGAUAUUAAGGGGUCAUAUCCCUGCUGGCCACAUCCCCAAACCUGUGGUCAUUGCAGAUUACGUGGCGAAAUAUCCCACAAUUCGCUCUGACGAGGAGAGGGAGCGAUACAAGGCUGUGUUUAAUGACCAGUAUGCAGAGUAUAAAGAGAUUCAUACUGAGGUUCAGGUCUUAACGAAGAAGUUUGAUGAAAUGGAUAACAUGAUGAGGAAUCUACCACAACAGCCAUCCAGCCAAAUGGAACAAGAAAGAAUCAAAAGCAUUAUUCAAGAGUAUAACAGAAAAAAGGCUGAUCCAACGUACCUGGAGAAAAAAGAGAGAUGUGAAUAUCUGAAGAAUAAACUUGCUCACAUAAAGCAGAAAAUUCAGGAGUAUGACAAAGUUAUGGACUGGAAUGAUGGUUACAGCUAAACAGAACUCCAAUAUAUUUUCAAAGUUUAUCAUGAACUUUAUAGAGGUCCUCCUCAGAAAAGAAGUGACUGGCAGAAACAAAAAUGACUAUUUCUUCAGGAAUUUAGUGUUUGGCUUGGUCUCGGUUGGUAUUAAAAUAAUUUCAUAUUGAAUUCAAUAGAGCAAAGGAGCAUACUGGAGGACAUCUACAACUUAAAGCACAGCAAUGAAGAAGUUACAUGAAUCAACCGAAUGCAAGUUACUAAGUUACUGACGUCAUGUGGAGCAACAUUUAAAUUGCAAUCAUAUAUAUAUAUAUAUAUAUAUAUAUAUAUAUAUAUAUAUAUAUAUAUAUUUUAGAAGUAGGAAUCUUCCUGCAGGUUCAUUGGAGAAUAUAAUGUAAAUAGCCCUUAAAGUGGUAAUUGUUGAAUAUCAAUAUCUCUGAUCUUGAAUUUCUUGGUAUAUUUAUUAGUUUUUAUUAGUUUUUUUUUUUUAGUUUAUUAAUAGUUUCACUUUUGUGUAUUUUAUACAGACAUGUGUGUGUUUUGUGUACAUUUUGUAUUAUCUUAUGUGUAUCAGCCUUUUAAACUGAUUGUGAAAGUAGAUACAAAUAAAUAUGCCUGCCUCCACA